UUUUUUCUUCGUCGUGGAAUGUCAAAAAAUCAUUGAAAGAAAAACACGAAUAAUUACAAAAAAAAUUGUGGAUAUUACUGCAAAAUAUUUCCAAAAAUAUGUGUAUUAUUUAGAAAUCUAGGUAAAUUGAAUACAAAUUUAACAAUUUUGUUUAAAAUUUAUGAAAAAUUAGUGGUUUUUAAGAUAUAUAAAAGCUUUGUGUAAGUGUGAGUGUAUAAAUGUUAACGACGAAAGCAAGUUAAAAAAAAGUAAAAUAAGAAAAAUUGCAACACCAUCAUUGAAAACCAAUACCAACAGAAGGAAAAGUAAAAAAAAAAUUGUAUAGUAAAAAAAAGUUAAAAUAAAAACACCCAUUUGUGGAAAAUUCUAAUAUCAAAAACUGCAAUAAGAGUAGUUAUUUUACAAAUAGUGUUUAACAAUGAAUCGUACUGAUGGCUUAGUAAGACGUGCCGUACGUUUUAGAGAAAAUGGUGCCGAAGGUGGUGGCAGUGCAUCCGGUAAUGCUAAUACACCCGAGGAUAAUCCCGAUAUGUUGGAUAAUAAAGAUGAAGAAGACAAUAUUGAUGAUGGCGAUUCCAAAGAGACACGUUUAACAUUAAUGGAAGAAGUUCUUCUUUUGGGUUUAAAAGAUAAAGAGGGCUACACAUCUUUUUGGAAUGAUUGCAUAUCAAGUGGCCUACGUGGCUGUAUACUCAUCGAACUUGGCAUACGAGGACGUAUUAUGAUGGAAAAAUCUGGUAUGCGCAGGCGUGGAUUGUGUUCAAGAAAAAUCAUUUUAAAAUCGGAUCAACCAACUGGUGAUGUUCUAUUAGAUGAGGCAUUAAAGCACAUCAAAGAAACAAAUCCACCAGAAACAGUUCAAAGUUGGAUUGAAUAUUUAAGUGGUGAAACUUGGAAUCCUUUAAAAUUACGUUAUCAAUUGAAAAAUGUACGAGAACGUUUGGCUAAAAAUCUGGUUGAAAAGGGUGUCUUAACAACAGAAAAACAGAAUUUCUUAUUGUUCGACAUGACAACACAUCCCUUAAGUGAUAAUGUGGUUAAAUGUCGUUUAGUUAGAAAGAUACAAGAUUCCGUUUUAUCCAAGUGGGUUAAUGAUCCACAACGCAUGGACAAACGUAUGUUGGCACUGAUAUUUUUGGCACAUGCCAGUGAUGUUAUAGAAAACGCUUUUGCUCCUCUUAACGAUGACGACUACGAAGUGGCUAUGAAACGUGUGCGAGAAUUAUUGGAUUUAGAUUUUGAGGCCGAAGCGGCCAAACCCAAUGCCAAUGAAAUUCUCUGGGCAGUUUUUAUGGCUUUCACUAAAUAAAAUCUAUUAUUUUAACUAAGUAAUUUUUAAACAACUAUUAUUUUUUAUUAUUCUCUUUUUUUUGUUUGUUUUUGUUUUCAUAACGUUUUUAAUUUAAACAGAAACAAAAUAUACAUACAUAUAUACAAUAUUUUGCAACAAGAUGAAAAAUAAAUUAAAAUAAAACAUAAAAUCAAAUGCCACAUAUUUAAAGCUCUUAAUAUUAAUUAUUCUUGUCUUGUAACUGUUUUAAAUUAAACUCGAUUUUAUUUCUAUAAAUUUUGUAUUUAAAAAAAAAAUAGCAACAAUUAAAAUGAUUUAUACAAAUUUUUAAACAAAAUUAUAUAUUGUGCGUAAAAUUACCUACAACAACAAAAAAACACUAAAAACUAAUUUAAAAAUGUAUUAUUUUUUUAUAGUAAGUUUUUAAUUUCCAUUAAAAUUCUAAAUUUUAUAUAAAUAAAAUAAAAAAUAUUAAUAAUUUUAUUAAAUCUAUGAAAA